AUGUUUCAGUCGAACUUUAAAGCGUCUAAUGUUGCUAAAGAUCCCCAUAAAAUCAAUGGGAAGAUUUUGCUUGCGGCCAAGCGUUCUGGUGUGAUAACUCUAAGUGCACGUGGUCUUUCUUAUGUCCCACCUGCUAUUUGGACGUUAAAUGAGCUUAAUUCAGGUGAAAAUGAUCCGAUUGACUUUGGAGCAGACGGUAAUGAUGAAAUCAAGUGGUGGGAAGCAGAACCCAUCACUAAAUUAAAUUUAUUUGGGAAUUCUAUAAGCGAGAUCCCGGGUGAUGGAAUUGCCAAACUUGACAGUCUAGUGAAUAUUGACGUGAGUUUCAUCAGAAAAUAA